AUGGGAGAUGAUAGGGCGAAAUGGUUGUUAGAAGACCGGGUUCAUUCCUAUGUCACAGUGGCGACAGCAACUUGUCUUGUAUUUGACCAUUUAACAACUUUUGCCGAUGAGGUCAGUGGAAUUGAUCUGGAAACGCCCAGGCCAUUACUUUGUCAAAGCUCUCUUUCUAAUACUAAAACCCUCUUGAGAAAAGCUAUUCCGCCUACGAUAGGUCCUGAUAAUCCUGUCUACCUUGUUCUGGGCUACCUCGUCAUGGUGCCGCUUUUUGCCAUGCAAGGAAUCAUGAUCUGUCGGAUAUCCAGCAUGUGGAAUCACAACCAGAGAGUCAUAAUACUUCUUUCCGCGAGCUUUUCCGCACAGGUUAUCGCCGCUGUAGUGAUGAAGAUUGCCGUUGAUCGAAUGUCCCUCCCUAUUCCGGAUCCGGUGCCUGGCAUCCACAUCUGUUUGAAAGCUCCGCAGGCGAAAUGGCUGUAUCUCAUCGUUGUUCCCUUUGCCAUCUUUGAGCUUUUGCUUUUAAUUACAUCUAUUUCUAGAGGGAUUCAACACUACUACAGGUCCCAAACUCAGAUAAAGUGGAGCUUCUUCGGUCACCGUUCAUUGAUAAAAAUACUGUUUCGAGACAGUAUCACUUUCCCUUUCAUUGAGCUCAUCUUUUCUAAAGUCCUAUUGGUAUUCAACGCUUCUCAGUUUAUUCUCGGUCAACUGACGCUUGACAUAUCUAUAUUCUGGCCGGGUGUAGCUGGACCAAGGCUGAUCCUAAACCUACGAGAGGCUUACUACCAGCCGUUCGAGCAAGAAUGCAACGUCGUGCACAACGAUAUCGGACAGUUCGGGAAUAUACGUUCAGUUGAAUUGUUUCAAUAG